AUGACUAAUGAUGUUAUUGCUGAAACAGAAUAUGGAAAAGUUGAAGGAGUAAAAACAGAUUCAGUACUUAAUGAGCCAUACAUAAAAUUUCUUGGAAUUCCGUACGCUAAAGCACCUCUUGGAAAACUUCGUUUUAAGAACCCACAAAAACCUUCUCCAUGGAAAGAAGUACGUUUAGCUACUGAAGAACAGUCAAGUUGCUUUUCUAUUGAUACUUUGACAAAAACUUUGGUGGGAUCUGAAGAUUGUUUAUAUUUAAAUAUUUUCACCAAAAACUUAUAUCCAAAGAAACUUUAUCCAGUAUUAGUUUACUUUCAUGGUGGCGCUUAUAAAGGUGGUUCUUCAAAAUUUGACAUUUAUGGUCCUGAUUAUUUACUGAUGGCCGACGUUGUUGUGGUAACAUUCAAUUAUCGAGUUGGACCAUUAGGGUUUUUAUAUCUGAAUGACCAAAAUUUGAAUGUACCUGGAAAUGCAGGAUUGCAAGAUCAAUUGAUGGUUUUAAAGUUUGUAAAUGAAAAUAUAGAAAAUUUUGGAGGCGAUCCUAACAAUAUUACAGCAAUCGGUCAUAGUGCAGGUGGAAGCUCUAUUAGCUGGCACUGUUUGUCAGAUAUAUCGAAAAAUAUGUUUCAUAGAGCAGUAAUCAUGAGUGGUUGUGCUCUAAAUACAUGGUCCAUUACUCCCAAGCGUGAUUGGGCUGUGCGUUUAGCAAAAGCUUUGGGUUAUGAUGGUGACGAUAGUGAAGAGGGUAUUAUACUAGAGUUUUUACAGAAUGCUAAUCCUGUCAAAAUGAUUGAGGUACAAAAUAAGUUGAUAAGACCAGAAGAAUUUGGGAAAAUUGCUUUUCCUUUUGCACCGCAUAUUGAACCUUACGUAACAACUAGCACAUUUAUCUCAAAGCAUCCUAUCGAUUUAAUAAAAAUGGCAUGGAGUAAUGAAAUUGAUAUUCUCAUUGGCGGAACAUCUGAUGAAGGCUUAAUGUAUUUAGAAAUCAUACGAGAAAUGCCAAAAUUACUUGCGUCAUUAAAGUUGAAAAAUAUGGUGCCUGUAGAUGUAACAGAAUUAUCUGACGAUGACCCUAUACGAUUACGCUUUGCUGAAAAAUUACAACAGACCUACUAUUCAUCAUCAAGUAGAGAUUCAGCAAAAUAUGAAUUGGCCUUUUGUAAGUUGCAGACUGAUAAAGCGUUUUGGCAUGGAUUGCAACGAAUAAUUCAAGGUCGUCAAAAUUCUAACGGCAAUGGAAUAACAUUUCUCUACAGAUUUGCGAUUGAUUCACCGACUCAGAAUCAUUAUAAAAUAAAUCGUUAUGGCCCUGAUGUUAGAGGAGUCUGUCAUGGAGAUGAACUUUCAUAUUUGUUUAAAAAUAAAUACGGUGAUGUUCCACAUCGAUCAACAAUUGAAUUUAAAUCUAUAGAGAGAUUUGUUUCCUUGAUAACAUCAUUUGCUGUGACUGGUGAUGUAAAUUCUAACAUUAUUAAUGCUGACCUGGAAGGUGUUAGAUGGGAAGCAGUGGAUUGUUCCGCGCCACCAUUUAAAUGUUUGAACAUUGAUGAAUACUUAACAUUUGAAGAAUUACCGGAAUCAAGUAGAUUGGCUGUUUGGGAUGAACUGUAUAAAGAAUCAAGCUCAAGACUGUUUUAA